AAACUGUCGCGUUUCUGUGUUAAUGUGCAAAACUGCGUCAUUUUACAUAAAAACACGGACAUGAAUUUAUUCUAAAAUCUGUUUAAACAAAAACACCGUACGCGUGCAGCAACCGCGUCAUUUAUAUGAAAAACUGGUAAAAUGAUUAAAAUGUGUGUUUGGUUUAAAGGACAUUAAAGUGUAAAACCCCCGGAAUUUGGUGCUUUUUAUCGGACUGUUGGGUGUGGAGGACCGGCUGCAGACGGGCUGCUCCCCCACAAAACCUUCACUGCGAAGCCGCCAUGAAUGUUAUGGAGACUCGGGGACAGACGAGCAGAAAACCCCAGAAAUAUGCUUUAAAUCCCGGCUCACUACUCACCUGCAGGUCGAGACAGAAACCCGGGGAGAUUCUGCACACCGCGGGGCUCGUUUGAGUUGUUUUGGUGCUUUCAAAGUAUGUGUUUUUCAGCCGUAAACCCCGGGGAGUCAGCUCGAAACGGAUCCGACAAAAGGAGCGUCUAGUCCGGUAUGAAACUCCGCCCCGCGCCGCAGGGGGAGGAGGAACUCCGGGGGAAAACAUGAGGAAAACAGGGGGAUGAAACCAGAGCCAGCGGGGAGAGCAGCAGCAGCCAGACCCGCGGAAAACUGCUGUUCAAUAAUCAUUUUAUUUUAUGUCCUCAUCACCAGGGUCAUACUGCGGAGUCCUGCAGCACAUCUGCCGGCCUGACUAUAACCUGGUCUGGGUCCAGAUGCUGGGAGCACCGGGGAGACAGAGGCUGCUCCUGGCUCCGGCAGAGAGUCCUCCUGCAACACAACUCUCCUCCCCGGCAUCCUGCAGGAGAGCAGCCCGGAUCCACAGGGCCUCCUGCCCACCGACAUUCACCGUAUGCCCGGGGACACCGGCCCGAAUCCUGGCCCCUACCAAGAGAUAAUCACCGGAAGUGAAGCAGGUGGAUGCUAAGCCCCGCCCCCUGUGCGUUGCCGUGGCGAUGGCGUUGAUUGAAGGUGUGGGCGACGAGGUGACGCUGCUGUUCGUGUCCCUGCUGCUGCUGCUGGUGCUGCUGCUGGCCUGGACCUCUACCCGCACCCCAGACCCCCCCGAGCACCUGUUCAACCCCCCGCUGAGGACCGACCCCGCCCAGCAGGACACCCCACCUUCCACCUCAGAAUCCCCCGCUGUGAGUGACAGCUCGCAGACAGAGGCUCCGCCCACUAGCACCCCUGCCCAGGAAGACAAGGGGGAGGGUGGUGAGGAGAGGGGGGCGGAUGGUGUGAGGAACAGAGGGGGGGGGGAACCUUCGUCCUCUCAGAGGAACAUGGUGCUGCGACUCAAGUUCCUGAAUGACACGGAGAGGACAGCUCAGGUCCGACCGCAGGACACCAUCGGGUACAUCAAACGGACGUACUUUGUGGGUCAGGAGCAGCAGGUCCGGCUGAUCUACCAGGGCCAGCUGCUACAGGACGACGCUCAGACCCUGUCCUCUCUGAACCUGGUCCAUAACUGUGUCCUGCAUUGCCACAUCUCCCAGCAUGCAGGCCGGGGGCCCACCGGGGGCCCGGGGCCUGCGGACCAGGUGCAGGUGGCCCUGAACGUGGGCAGCCUGAUGGUGCCUCUGCUGGUACUCAUGCUGUCCGUGCUGUGGUACUGCCAGAUCCAGUACCGGCAGUUCUUCACAGCCCCGGCCACAGCCUCGCUAGUGGGUGUCACCAUCUUCCUCAGCCUGGUGGCCUUCGGAGUGUACCGCCGCUAACUGCGCUCUGAUUGGCUGUGUGGCCUCUGACCUCAGAGCGGCAGAGACUCCGGACAGACCUGAUGUUGUUUUUGUUUUUCUGUUGCCAUGGAGACUCUGAGUGUUAAUGAGGAUUUUGUUUUAAUUACAUUUCUUUUUAGAUCCACUUCCUCUGUAGAUCCCUCAUCAUUGUGCCUCUUUUUCGUUCUGGUUCCUUCUGGUCCUGAAGGGGUCAGCACUGGACUGUAGACCAGACUAUAGACCAAACUGGACUGUAGACUGGAUUGCACUAUUGACCGGACUGGACUGUAGAUUGGAACUGACUAUGGACUGGAGGUGACUGUAGCCGGACCCAGUCUAUGUGCUGGAUAGAAAGUGUUUUGUGUCAAUGAGCUUUUGCAGAAAGAAAUUCUAAUAAAUUCUUUAUUUAU